CCUCCCGCCGCCGCCCGGGCGCAGGGAGCGGAGCAGCGGGUCCGGACUCGGGGUAGGGCGGCUCGGACGGCUGCGCCAUGGUGGGUCGGCUCAGCUUGCGGGAGGUGCCCGACCUCCCGGACAUGAGGAAACGGGGCGACUCGGGGCUCGACAGCCCUGACUCCGGGCUACCCCCCAGCCCCGGGCCCGCCCCCUCGCCCUGGCUCCUCUCCUCUGGCGGCCCCGACCGCGCCGCGACCAACGGGCUGCCGGAGCCCGACCCGCCCGCGCCCGCCGCCGCGAACUCCGUGUUUUCCCCCAGCCCUGUUCUCUCCAGCUGCUCUCCAAGAUUGUGUCCUUUAUCCUUUGGCGAAGGAGUUGAGUUUGACCCUUUACCAGCCAAGGAAAUAAGGUACACAUCCUCGGUUAGAUACGACUCAGAGAGGCACUUCAUCGAUGACGUCUAUAUGCCAGUGGGCUUCAGCGUCUCCUCCUGCAGCCAGACAGUCGUCUGCGUCCCGAACUGCACGUGGCGCAGUUACAAAGCAGAGGUUCACCUCCAGCCCCGCAACAAGCCCCAGCGGUUCACCAGCACCACCAUCGUCUACCCCAAGCACGCCAAGACUGUGUACACCACCAGGCUGGAUUACAACUGUCGUAAGACCACACGGCGGUUCCUCUCCAGCAUAGAGCUGGACACAUCGGAGUACCUUGGGAACAGCUCUGUCCUGGAUGGGUGCUGACUGACAGUCACCUCUUUCUUGCUCUGAUUCAUCCCAGUCCCAUCUCAUGUACUGUGCUAACUCUCCACUCCCUGAAGCGGGUGUACACCCUCACUCUCUGGUCAGGCUAAGGGAAUCUUACCUGUCACCACCUCUUUCUCAGCUCUUAAUUCCUGCUUUAAGUAUCAGAAUGGCCUGAAUGUAGUUUUCUGUGGGAACAUAACUUAGUAAGGAACUUGUUUCUUCACCUUUUAAAGUCCUGAGUACCCUCCCCUUCCCCACAGUGCUGUAGUCAGAUGAAAAUAACUGGAAGUAUUCUCCCAGAGAAAAAAAUUGACAGGUAAAAAAGAAUGUGGGGUGGUGCCUGGCAGGUGGCAAUCCAUCUGAUGCUUUGUGAUGAUUUGCAAAAAUAGGGGUGGUUUGCUGUCUUGCAGUGAACCGACUUCACCAGAUUAAUUGGUUACAGAUAGCCAGAGCUGUUCUCCAUUUCAGUUUAGAUCAGGAGACUGCUUUCUCUAGAAGAACCAUCUCCUGGAAGCAGCAAACUGCUGGAGUUCUGUAUUUAACAGAUGCAGAAAUGCAGCUUUCAUGUCCAGUUUGAAGGUGUGAGUUGGAAAGAGGAGCAGGUUUGCCGCUCCAGACACUGGCACCUGUGUGUGUGUAGUAAGGCUUGUAAAGAAGAAUGUCAGGCCAGAAGUUGUCCCUGUAUUGCUGGAAAGUUAGGUGCAUGGUGGUGGAAAACCACCAGUAUCCAGUUUUUCCUGACACUAUACCAUCUGCAGUAGGGGAGUUGUAACUAGGAACACCUCAGAAAGUGCCCUGUGUGUACAGGGACCUGGAGCGGAGGAGGAGAUGCUGGGACUGGGUGUGAGACACUGGUGUGGUGAAGAGUAGAUGGUAGCAAGGGACGUUCUGGUUCCAUAGCAAAAUCCACAGCUGUAGCUUCUCAUUGCACAGGUACUUUCUGGACUUUGGUAUUCAGGAUAUCACUGGGGUGGUGUAGCAUUUAUCUGUCUGUAGGCUGCUGAAUAACCUCUCCAGUCCCAAGUGCAUGACGAGUUUGGGGACCAAAGGGAAUAACUUCAGAUAUUAUGGAAGUCCAUCUGGAUGUUACAUGCAUUAGUUUAUCAUGUGCUUUGAUGAAGAUAACAUGUAAAGGUUUCUUCCUUGAGCCAGAUGGGGUUUUUUUAUAUUGACAGGGAGCAGUGUAGUGUGGAGAGCAUCUGCUUAGGGAGCGUGGCUUGCCUUGGCAGCUAGUGUGGUGUAGCAGCUCAGAAACACUUGGUAGACUUGACUUAGCUGGACACAGCUUUUCCAUGUAUUGCAAAACUCCUCUGAGGUGUAGGUUGCCCUUUGA